GAACGGAGAAAGAAGCCGAAGUAGCUCUCCCUCUCCCUCUCUCCCUCUCUAACCCCAAGUGCUCACAUUCUACAAGCCGACACCGAUCGGGAUCUGUGCUACUCUGAGAAAACAAUGAGGAUUUGGUUGCUAAUGUGAACUGGGGAAUCGGGUUGGUGCUUCCGUAUUUCUCCAGAUGGAUCCAUCGUUGGUGAUAUCUCACAGCGCGCUACCGGAGAUGUGGCAUUUCUCUUUGGUACCGGCGAUAAGGAAUACGGCAUCCGGGAUGAGCCAUCGUGACAUAUCAGCGGGCGAAUCGACUGUGACUGAGCAGAGUGGUGGUCUCGGGAACAGGAAGAAGUGCCGGGAUUCAGGGAUGUGUUCGUCUGCAGCGUCAGAAGACGAAUCGUUCAAGUUCUUGCCGAACAGGAGCGGCAGCAAUGACUUGGAUGAUAGCGAAGCAAUGCCUGUGAAAGUGGGGGAAUCUGGAGGCCAAAAUGGUGAACGGAAAGCUGAUGUGGAAGCAAGUUCUACUGGAAAGAUGCCAGAUCAAAACGCCGAGCUACUAAAGCUGGAUUACAUCCAUGUGAGAGUUAGAAGGGGUCAAGCAACUGAUAAUCACAGCUUGGCUGAAAGGGCUAGGAGAGAGAAGAUAAGUGAGCGAAUGAAGAUUCUACAAGAUUUAGUUCCUGGCAGUAACAAGGUGAUUGGGAAGGCAGCUGUCCUGGAUGAGAUCAUAAACUAUAUCCAGGCAAUGCAGCGCCAGGUUGAGCUCCUAUCAAUGAAGCUUGAAGCUGUUAGUUCUCGUAUUAAUACUGAAAUGGUGGGCUUUCGUCCUAAAGAUUUUGGAGCUCAGACUUAUCAGACUCCCAGAAAAUUGGAAUUUUCUUCUCAGCCAACAAGAGAAUAUGAGCACGAGCAAGGUUCUGCAGCAGAGUGGCUUCACAUGCAGGUAGUGCCGGCAGCCAAAAAAUUCAAACUUAGCGGCAUUGAUCGAAUAUUAGAGGAAAAGUUGGAUGACAUGUGCAUAGGUGUUGUCGCUACCGGAACUCAUGUUUUCACCCCAACUGACCAGAGCUUUACCGGUUUAACACAUAACAUGGAAACCGAGCACAUAGGUGAGUCUGGAGAAGGUCCCAGCCAACUGCAUACAGAUGUUCAAUCAACCGGUGGGACAAAGCGUCUUAGAGCGGAAAAGAAGAAAGUUGGAGCCACAUUUGUGAGAGGUUCCAUAGGGAGAAUUGCUUAGAUCACAAAUUUUGUUCUGGGCAUUAAUAAUUUAUUCCUUUUCGAAUUGGAUUACCUGCUAGUCGUGCACUUAGCCUUUCUGAAAAAAAAUUUUAUGCUUAUCUGAAACAUAUUGUUGGAAGUAAGCAUUUAAAUGGUUUAAUCCUUUCUUCAGCAACCUGAAGCUCUUUAGGUUGCAUACAUCAUUUAAAUGGAUUGGUACCUAUAUGGGUUAUAUUUCCUGUCUUUAUGAAUGUUUUGGCUGCACUGCAGGGUUCUCAUUUCAUUUCAUGAGCUGCAGGUUUCUCAUUAUGAAUGAAUGUUAUUAGGUAUAUGAAUGAAUGUUAUUACAGCUAUUGGGGAAAGCUGUAGGCAUAUGAAUGAAUGUUGUCAUUUGCUGAGAAUUUUAAAGGAAAGCUGCAGGUAUAUGAAUGAAUGUUG